GAUGGGAGCGCGGGCUGCUGCGUAAGAGCCACUUGAGCCCUGCUGUCGCCUUGCGGAAUAUCGCGUCCCCUUAUCGUCCCGCGGCGUGCUACUCACCCCCUCCCCCAGCGCGGCCACCACCCCUUCGCUGCCGGCCACCGCCGAGCUGGGAUGUGCCGUGGGCACCCGCUGUGGAGCGGCAUGGGAACUUGUCCCCCACCAUCGGCCAGGCCAGCCCCAUCACAUCGGACGAGGAGUACCUGAGCCCCCUGGAAGAGUUCCCCGAGUCCGGCACCCCCCAGCACCGACCGGCCAUGAAGUUGCAGCCAAGAGCCCAGCAUGGGGCUGCCCGUGGCUCCCCAGAGACCACCUUCAAGGCUUCACCCACCUUUGAGGUAUCCUUGUCGGACCAGUCGGUGCUGGAGGGGCAGGAUGUUAGCAUGAGUGUUCGCGUCCGUGGGGAGCCCAAGCCCAUCAUUUACUGGCUGAGAAACAGGCAGCCAGUGAAGUAUGGCCGCCGGCACCAUGUGGAGGAGGCAGAGGGAGUGCGGGGGCUCUUCACGCUGCACAUCCUGGCGGCGGAGCACACUGACACCGGCUUCUACACCUGCAAGGCCGUCAAUGAGUAUGGCACCAAGCAGUGUGAGGCCAAGCUGGAGGUCAGAGGGGGAGUACGAUAAGGGGGUGCAUCUCUCAGAGCCGCGGCUGCGGGGCUCUUAGUUGGACACCUCUUAGGCAGUGGACCUCACCUUGUGUUAUUACCUCCUUCUCCAUCCGCCGCCUCGUCCUGGACGCACCGCGGGGACGCGCGGGCCCUCAACUGCGGGCAGGGGUUCGCCAGAUGGCCGGGGCAGGCCUGACUGAGGCGGGGCGGGGGAAGCAGCAGGGGAACAGCAGGCACCCCCUCAGCCAGGCCAGGGUGCCCAUAUGAUGCUGUCUUGUCUCUUGCUCCAUCCGUUUGUCCCUGUCUGCGUGUUCUACUGCCUCUCUCUUGCUGCCCAGGGAAAGGGAGCGGGGAGCUGAGCCCACGGUUGCCGCCGUGCCAGCUAGGGCUGUAGGGAAGGGGCUGCAGUGCGGUGGCAGCUCUGUGACAGUCACCUUGGAGCACAGGAGACAGGAGACCCCAGGGACCCCACAGAGGAACACCCUGCGUGAGAUGCAGGGGGGAGGGAGAGCAUUGGCCCCUUUGGCUUCACGGUGGCCACUCAGGUGCCAGCUUUGCCACCAAGACACGUCCCUUGUAGCCCCAGGGCUUGGGUCCCUCAGGAGCAUCCCCUGGCUGUGGGUCUCUUCUCCCCAGGGAGGGGGCU